AUGCCCCUUUCCUUUGUCCUCAUAUGCGAUCUUCUAGAGCAGGCUCAUAAGCAAUGCAAAGCCGGAAACAAGAACCUCAACCAACGCGUGUCCGACUGGUUCACCCAGCAUCGCCGCCAUAUUGACGACCCUGGAACCGAUGCCUCUGCUCUGCUGUCUACCCUCCUCCCGGACAAGCGCACCGAUCGCGUGUAUGCCAUCCAGGCCGAUGCUCUUUCGAGCAUCAUCGGCCGAGCCCUGCGUCUUGGGGCGUCACGUGUUAAAGAGUUGCGCCGAUACAAGGAGCCCGGCCGAGGCGAGGAUCUGGCUGACUGUGUUGCGAGAAUCCUCAAAGAAACGCCAAACCCUAUUUUUGUCGGAAAGGAUGCCGUAACCGUCGAGGAGAUCGAUUCAGCCCUGAACAGCCUCGCCGCCUCCUGUAGGUUCAGCUCUCCCGCCGUUCGGGCUUCACAGCCCCGUUCAAGCAGUCGUCGAGAUGAAAUACUUGGCGAAUUAUACCUUCGCGUCCAGUCAAGGGAAGCCAAGUGGCUCACGCGCCUGAUACUCAAGAGCUUUCAACCGGUCCUGCUUGAUCCGGGACACGUCUACUACUGCUACGAUCCCCUGCUCCCCAACAUUCUAAAGGUCCGAGACGACUUCUCUGCAGCAUUGUCUCUUCUGCAGAAUCUAAGGAAGGAGCCCUCGUUCCGCAGGGGCGUGGAAGGCAAGAAGAGAGAUGCGCUGAUUAAGCACCUGGCACCCGCCCUGGGUGUGAAAGUCGGCAGGCCGUAUUGGCUUAAAGGCCGUAGCAUCAAGCAUUGCAUAAAGCUCGGCCACGGUCGCAUGAGCUGCGAGAAGAAAAUAGACGGGGAAUAUUGCCAAGUCCACAUAGAUCUAAGCAAGGGAUUCAAGUGUAUCCAGAUAUUUUCCAAGAGCGGCAAGGACAGCACCAACGAUCGUGCCGCAUUGCAUGGAGCCAUCCGUGACUCGCUCAAUAUUGGAAAGCCAAGCUGCAAGCUCGUCCGCGGCUGUAUUCUGGAGGGGGAGCUGGUAAAGAAGAUCUUACCUUUUCACAAGAUACGCAAGUACGUUUCGAGGUCAGGCAGCUUCAUCAGCACGGAAGCAGACUCGCAGCGCCACGAUUAUGAGCACUUGAUGAUUAUAUAUUACGAUGUCCUCCUUAUCGACCAAGAGUCCCUUCUCGGUGUUUGUCAAAGCGAGCGCUUCAAGCGACUAGCGGAGCUGAUCGCCUGUCGAGAAGGCCAUGCCGAACUGGUAAACCGCCAGGUCAUAAAUUUCGAUCGUUCUUUGGGGGCACAUCAUCUAAGACAAGCGUUUGCCAAGUCCAUUACAGAACGAGAGGAGGGCCUAGUGCUAAAACCAGAUGACCCCUACUUCGACUUCGGCGAGAACCGCCGCGCGUUUUCCAGUUGUCCCAUCAAGCUCAAGAAAGAGUACAUCGGCGGGUUUGGUGACGUGGGCGACUUUGCUGUGGUUGCGGCGCGGUACGACUCCACCAAAGCGAAGAGCUACAAUAUCCCGAACCUCAAGUGGACGCACUUCUAUCUUGGGUGUCUCGAAAACAAAGAGGAACACCAGAGAUGCCAGGCUCAACCCAUAUUCACAGUAGUUCACCAGGUGGAGCUUAGCGAGGCCCUGCUCAAGACAGUGGUGAGAUAUGGAAAUCCAAAGCCAAUUGCUUUCCAGGACAACGAUGCUUUGAUCCUCAACAUUGCGCCAGGUAUAGCACAACAAAAGAUGCCCAGUGUGGUUUUCACCGAGCCCUUGGUGUUUGAUAUCUGUUGUUUCUCAUUCGAUCAGGAGGGAAACACAGGCUUCUGGCAGCCGAGGUUCCCGCAGGUGUCCAAGGUGCACUUUGACCGGUCCUUUACCGACACCAUUUCCUUUCCAGAACUCCAGGCCGUUGCGGAAGACGCAACGAAAGCGCCGGCCAUGGAUGACAGCCAGGAGAUGCUUGAUUGGAUUGCGAGGCUGGAAGGAGCGGAUCCUCGUGGCGUCCCCGUUGAUGCCGUCAGUCAGUCAACAACAUCUUCCCGGAUGACACCAUCUCGCGCCUCGUCCAUCCAGCCGUCAGCUUCGCCAGCGCCAUCUCUUGCGCAGAGCCCACUAGGAUCUCGCAGAUCUCUUCCAACUUUGUUUGAAGCCUCGGAACCUUCCCUUGUCGCAAUCCCGGCUUCUUCGUCUUCAGUCGACAUGUUAGAGGCCACCGAAGACGCUCCUGCGAGCGAAGCAGUCCGGAUUCCCAGCACCAACAAGCGGAUUCUACAAGGCAGAGACGCGUCUCCGCGCAAGCGGCCAAGAGUUUUUUCUGAGCCUGGUGUCGUCACCCAAGAAUCCGCCCGAUCACCACGUCAUCCGCUUGCAGACAUAAGCGUCAACCAGACGAGUCCCCCUCCUCACGACCCUAAAACUCAGCAACCGGCCGCGAAUCAUGAAGAAACGAUCAACAAACAGACAGAGGAAGUUGCUCCUGUGUCUGAUAAGACUAGCAAGCAGUCUAUAGCAAGUUGUGCGGAAACACAUGGGUCACCAGCCCACAGCGCGCAAACACGCUCACCAGCGCGACCUAAGCACACCUGCCAAUGCGUAGGCGACAAGUGCUUUCUCACAGACACCGUCGUCCUCCUCUCCCCUUGCGUCGCCCAACAGCCAUGGAUAACCGAGAACCUCCUCCCCCUCCACGGCAUCCACCAAUGGGCGACGAACCCACAAGACUGGGUCGACAAGCCACCCGUCUGUUCAACUUCGGCUGCAAACAGUCAGAGACAGCGCCGAUGCAUACGGAGGGUCUGCUUCGUGGAACACAACCGGAGAGAAGUGACCCACGCCCUGAUGAAGCACCUCGAGAGCAACCCGCAGUACACGACAAGCGGCAGGCGCGAGUACGUUGAGGUGUACGACUGGCGCAUCUUGGAGGAUAUCACGGCGCUGGAGAGAAAGCCAAAGGGAUCGAAGUCCGCGACAGAAAACUCGGGCCCCAAGCAGAAGUGGUGGGUUGGUUUGGCUUGA